AUGAAGAUGCACUUCUGCAUCCCGGUGUCCCAGCAGCUGCCAGAUGCGCUGGGGGGCCGCUACGUGUUGUACUCCGUGUACCUAGACGGGUUCCUCUUCUGCAAAGCACGCUACAGCCAGCUGCACCGCUGGGAUGAACAGCUGCGACGGGUGUUUGGAAACUGCCUGCCCCCUUUCCCACCGAAGUACUAUCUGGCAAUGACGACCGCUAUGGCCGAAGAGAGGAGGGACCAGUUGGAACGCUACCUGCAAACUGUGACCGCGGAUGCCCGGGUGACAAGGAGUGACGUCUUCACUGAGUUUUUAACACUGAUGCAGCUGCAGACACUGAAUAUCAGCGCCCAGAAUGUCGAGCUGGCUGUAUUCCUGCCUGACGGAAGGAGCAUCAAGAUGGAAGGUCUGACUUCAGAUACAGCUGAAAGGGUUCUGGAGGUGAUGGCGCACAAACUGGGACUGCACCCGGAGCUGGUGGGCUACUUCGGCCUCUUCCUCAUCCGGCCUUUCCCGGAGGGCAAGCUCUCUGUGGUGAAGAAGCUGGCCGAUUUUGAACUGCCUUACGCUAGUCUUCAGAGUUCUGAAAUGGAAAACUGUAAGAUCGGACUCAGGAAGUGGUACCUGGACCCGGCUGUGGACUCCGUGUUGAUGGACUGCAGCGCAGCUAGAGACUUGCUGUACACGCAGGCAGUGCAGGACAUUGAAAUAGAAUGGAUGAAACCCACGCAGGCUCAGAGGGAGGAAUUAAAGGCGCUGCAGAAGACAGAGAAUCAAACGAAGUUUUUGGAGCUGUCACAGGAAGUCCGGCACUAUGGGUACAUUCAGCUGGACCCCUGUACCUGCAACCACCCGGAACCUGGCUGUGGGGUCCAGCUUUCCAUGGGCAACAAUGAGAUCAGCUGCCACAUAACUCUGCCUAACGGCCAGACCCAGGACGUUGCUUUCCAGAUGAGCGGAGUGAAGUGCUGGCAGGUCACGUUCCUCGGAACUCUGCUGGAUACCCACAGGCCCCAGCGAACGCUCAACCAGAACCUAGAGCUGAGAUUUCAGUAUAGUGAAGACAGUCGCCAGCAGUGGUUUGUUAUUUACACCAAGCAGGCCUUUUUCCUGAGCAGCUGCCUGAAGAAGAUGAUCUCAGAGAAGAUGGCAAGGCUUGCUGAGGAGAGCCCAGAAAUGCAGAUCGAGGUCCCAGAACAAGGCAAAAAGCGCCGGAGCCAAGCCAGCCAGCAGAAAGACUAUUUUAAUUUUCUGAGAAAAGGCAAGAUGAAGAAAUCCGAAGGUGACAAUGUUUGGGACACCCUAACGGAAGAAGGUCUCUGAAGGAGUCUCAUCGUUACAACUGUCUUAGGACAGGGCCAGCAUGUGGGGGUGGGAGAUGGGCUUCCCACCAUCCAGGCAUCAUCGACUUCUCUCUUUCUUUGACAUUGAGGUCUCCUGGGAUCAGUCUGACUUCAGGACUCCAUAACUCUCAGGGUUAAAAUAGUGUAGGAACCAAAGCUACAGCGUUGGCUUAAGUUGCAGGAGGCAGGUGGGCAGGUUCAAAUCAACCAGUGGGAGGUUUGUUUUAUUUUCCCUCUAAGAUAGAUGUAUAUCUGGCUCCAUGAAACCUUUUGUAUGUUCUGGUAUUGCAAGGAUAAAAAGGUCGUUCUAAAUUAUAGGAAUACAUUUAACACCAAAGUAGAUUCACCAGCUCAGGAAAAUAUGGCUUCUUUGACCUAUCCAGAGAGCAAAAAGAGGCUGUAGGAUUCCAAUCCACAGCCUGGAUUACUCCCUCGUCCACACACACGAUGACCACAAGGUCCGGGGCUGCCCUGGCCUAAGUCCCUCCACUGUAGCCUCUGUUCCAUUAUUGGAGGACCGGACUCUGGGCCUGGAGAAAUGGUCAAGAGCUGCUUCUGCUGAGAACUACAUUCCCUUAACCCACACGGUAACUCACAACCAGAGCUAAGCACCAGAGGAUCCAGUGCCCUCUUCUGGCCUGCCCUGGCUCCUGCACUUAUACACAAUACAAAUAAAUAAAAUGGAAUUCUGCCCAAUAACCAUCAUGCCAACUUGAAUAUUUUUCUUUUGGAAAUCAAUAGUCCUGUACUGAUAACAAAUAUACAUCUCUCAACUUUACAAAUGUAUAUUUUUUUCCACAAUAGUUUCCCGUAAACAGCUUCAGGUGUACCACGGUAAUUAAUGCGAUCACGUAUGGAAUUAAGAGCAAAAUAGGAGAGAUAAGUCUGCAAAAAUAACUAGUGUUCUUUUCUGAGCUAGCUAUGAAAUGAA